GCAGGCGAGGAGGCGCCCGAGGCUUCUCCUCCGAACUCACGCGGUGGCCGCCGCCGCCGCCGCCCCAGCAAAGGACCCCAUCCCCACCCACGAGCUUGGAAAAGCAUUUGAAGCGACGGAAGAAGUCCAACAGCUCGCAAGGACUGGCCCUUCCCGACACUCUUGCUUGCGGGAGCCGUUCCCCCCGCCAGCGCUGGCUUCCUCAGGGCUGUUACUGCAGGCGGGCCUGCCCAAGCCCUUCCAGCCUCGCGUCUCCGCCGCUCCUUCCCCUUUGCUCUUGCAAAUCCCGCGCCGCGUGUGCCUUCCCCCGCGUGCAGAUACGGCCGCACGCGCUUGCCUGCCGCAGCCCGAGCACGCGGGGCGUCGGAGUCCCAGCGGCUCUUUUGUGCUACUGGGGCUCGGGCGGGGGACGGAGCGACGCGGUGGCUGCGUCACGCCGGAGGACCUGCCGCUGCUGCUAGCGCCGCGCGCCGCUCCCCAAUUAACCCCGGCGACGCUGCCUCGGCUCCUUCCCCCUCACUUUUUUGCGCUCUCUCUCCACCAAAAGCCCUUCGCGAGGGAGCGAGACCGAGCGCCCGACGAGUCGCUCCGCCAUUUCUGCCAGAUCUCGAGACCAGAAAAGGCGGUGAGAAACGCGACCUCCCCCCUUUUGGGCAGAAGGAGCUCCCUUCCUAAACAACGGAGCAAAGAUAACAUCAGGAAGAGCAGAAGGCAAGGAGGCCCUUUCGUUCAGGAAAGAAAAUGGUGAAGCUGGGAAAUAAUUUUAGCGAGAAGAGCACAAAGCAGCACCUCUUGGAGGAUGGAUUUGACACCAUCCCCCUGAUCACGCCCCUGGAUGUCAAUCAACUACAGUUUCCACCUCCUGAUAAGGUGGUGGUCAAGACAAAAACAGAAUAUGAACCUGACCGCAAAAAAGGGAAAUUCCGCAGUCCUAAAAUAGCUGAGUUCACAGUCAGUAUCACUGAAGGUGUCUCAGAACGAUUUAAGGUAACUGUUUUGGUUCUAUUUGCCCUUGCAUUCCUGGCAUGUGUUGUAUUUCUGGUAGUCUACAAGGUUUACAAGUAUGACCAUACCUGUCCAGAAGGUUUCAUUUUUAAGAACAAUCAAUGCAUUCCAGCUGGAUUAGAGAACUACUACUCUGAACAAGACUCUAGUGCUAGAGGGAAAUUUUAUACGGUUAUAAACCACUAUAACCUGGCCAAACAAACCAUCACACGAUCUGUAUCUCCAUGGAUGACAGUACUUUCAGAAGAGAAACUUUCUGAGCAGGAGACUGAAGCAGCUGAGAAAACAGCUUAACAUGAUUGAUCUUGUUGAUUGGAAGGUAUCAAGGGGGCUUUCAUGGAAUGUCUCAUUGUUAUGGAUAAUUUAGAGGUUACUCAUAUUUAUGGUGUAAUUGCUUUGGUUUGCUGAUAACUGCUUUGCAAAAAGGAAAAAUAAGAAAAGAAAGCUUAGACCAUUAAUGGCCAAGUGCAUAUCAGCAUUGCUUUAGAGUUUUAACACCAAUUUCUCUGUUAAUAAAUCCAACUUAGGUACAUUCUUGCAAUUUAGAAUUCCAUUGAGCCAUUCAGGGGUUUUGACAAAGGGGAAAAUUGUGCAUUUUACUGUGUGUACUAAUGUUUUGUUUUCCAGUCAGUUUUGCAAUCUGAAUCAUAGCCAUAAAUAGAAUUUGUUGGUUAGCUGUAAGCUGUAUUUAAAAUUGGUUCGCAACUCCAAAAUAAGUACCAAGAAAUAAAGUUGACCUGUUUUUGCUCACUGUACCAGAUAUUGAGAAGAAAUUAAGUUCUUUGCAACAAGGCAUGCUUAAUUGUUGUUUUGUUAUAGUUGUGAACAUUUCACUGAAUUUCCACUAUGGCUAGAAAAUCUUAUAUAAGGUCUUGCACUGAAACACAACAUAGACCCUACGGAGAUGUACAUUUUAAUGAUGGAUAAUGAUAUGUGGAAGAAUGUGACGUAGCAAAAUUUUCUGAUAAGAACUGCAGUCCUAUGGAAUAAAUAGACAGAAAAUCUUUCACUGUAGAGGUAGCCCACGAUGUAAUUUGUGCAACUAGACAGGAGGAGUAAUUUUGUUAGAACUUUCUCUUUUUGUACAACAUUAAAAUGUUUCCCUUUUUAUAUAUGGCAACAUGCUUUGCAUGAGCAGCACCAUUUUGGCAUUUUCUGGUAUUAAAAUAUUAAGGCUGCAAUCUUAAGCAUACUUACAAAGGAAACAAUUCCACUUGACUCAGUGGGACUUUCAUGUAAACACAUAGAACUGGGUGUAAGGGAGAAAGUGUAUUUAAUGCAUUGCAUUCUCCCCAUUCCCAUUGCAGUUUUGGGAUGGCAUGUGAUGGUGGGGAAUCAGAGGCACGCUGCCUUCUGGAGGGGGCAGGGAGAGAUGUCAACAAGCCUAGAAUUAUAGGUGUACGUUUACUGUGUUGACAAAUUUCUAAACUGCUACAUGCUUAUUAUUUAUAAAUCUUCUAGUGUACAUUACUUAAAUCAUUUCAUUAAUGUUAUAAUUGGAAAAAGUGGCUUAAGCAUUUGUAGAGAACUUGUAGCACAAGCAGAAGGGGGUUGCAGCAUGCCUGGAUUGAAUCACAGAAACUUUGUGUGCCUGGUUGUGGCUUAGCGUUGGGCGUGGACUCCUAGCCACUUCUACUACGCUAUGUAUGCACUGCAGAGAUGCUACAGCAGUGUGGUGUUGUUUUUAAAAACUGGUGGUAUUUCAUAGUAUGUCAGAUGGUACAAGUACCACCGGUUGAAAGGAACUGCACUAGAAUGAUACUCUCUCAAACUUGGGACUUGACUUGCAUGCACUUGCCAGAAAGGUUGGUCAUCACUGGGCUAAAGCAUUCAGCUGAUAUUUUUGUUCAUGUUCUGAAUGUGUUACUUCCCAGUGGACAUGUCAAAAGUUUCAUUAUUUUUAGAGACACAUGCUUUACAAAAAUGCAUCUGUAGUAGAACAAACAUGGUUGGUUCCAUUUCUGGUUCCAUUUCCUUCCAAUAUAUUUCAGCAUCGUUAGCCCGCCUAGAAAAUGCCAGUUGCUUUUUCAUUAAGAACCUUUAAUACUAAGCAUAGUUAUGUGUUGUAAAAACUUUUAGUAUGUCAUUAUUGCUGUGUGGAAUGCAUAAAAGCAAUAAAUUAUGUGCCAAAUCUUUCUUUUGCAUAUUGAAAAAAGUUCAGUCCCAUAUAAAACAUAUUAAACUAUACCAUGUUUGUAUUUCCUAGUAGUCAGGGUACUUUAUUGAAUGUAAAUUCACAUGUAACUUUUGACAUUUUCACUCUGUGCAAAAUAAAGACGAAGUAUAA